AGAAGAACCACCAACCUAAUUGAGCAGCAGAUGAUUAUUGAUUGAAUUCCAUUUCCGAUUCAAUUUUGAUUUGGCAAAGUGAAAACCGGACAAGUAGACGAUUCAUCCGGUUCACUCGAGACCCAGAUAGAGAAAGAUCUAAAGUUCUAGAGUUUCCUCCAGCUUUUAGCAUCUUAACCCAGCUGUAUCUUCCUGUAUCUCCUUUAGAAGCCCUAGCUCGGGAGGGUUUCGUGUCUUUCAGGCCAUGGACACAUCUGAUUUCAAUCAAUUCGAUAUCAUUGAUAUCUACAGACGAUACUGCGAGAUUUUGUCUGGACCAGAUGCUGUCAUUUAUGGAGAAUGCAGUCCUGAUGAUGAUGAUGAAUUACACAGAGUUAAACCAAGAAAGUCACUGGAUUACCUUCUGCAGUUUGUAGAGUCAAGAUUCCAUGAAAGGGAUAAUGGAAGAACAAUUUUUGACGAAAUAUUCAAGCUCGUGUCGAGGCCUGAUUUGACGGUAGACUUCUCCCAUUUCAAACUCUUGUACAGUUUUGUGUUUUUCAUUUGCCGUGAAAACGGGCAGAAGAAUAUCACUGUAAGCAGGGCAGUUACUUGUUGGAGAUUAGUGUUGGCUGGUAGGUUUAGGCUACUGAAUCAAUGGUGUGAAUUUGUAGAGAAAAAUCAGCGGCAUAACAUCUCUGAGGAUACAUGGAAUCAAGUUUUGGCCUUCAGUCAUUGUGUACAUGAAAAUCUUCAAGGAUAUGACCCUGAAGGAGCUUGGCCUGUUCUCAUAGACGACUUUGUUGAGCACAUGUACAGAAUAACAGGAACCGACAACCCUCCUCCUUCGUUCUAUAACUGUGGCGAUCUAGAGGUGCUCUCGGGUGAUUCCAUUUCAUGUGAUGAGUCCCGCCCAGGAUUGAGGAACUUGCCUGGAUGGAAGAGAAAGGUAGAGCCUAAUUCAUACAAGUUUGGCAACUUUGAGUGGAUGCCAAAGUGUAAGAGGAGGAGGCAUGGUUAUGUGGAGAAGUGCGUUGAGAAUAGGUCCAGUAUUAUUAGUGUUGAAGAUUGCAUGGAUAUUGUCAUGCAACAUAAUGGUACAUUUGGUUGCUUAAAAUCUCCUUGUGCGGUUGAAGGUUGUUUGUCAGAGGGGUUUGCUGAUCUUCUUUCAGUUAAUUCCCCCAGUUCGAAGACAAGGGUCUCCUACACAUAAAGCUCCUCCUAAGUUCUACCUAUGAAGGGUGAAAGGAAUGCAUACAAUGACUACAUGCUAUUGAAUGUGUCCUAAAACAAACUAAGUACAUGCUAUUGAAUGUGUCCUAAAACAAACUAAUUCCAUCUAUUGAAUGUGUCCUAAAACAAACUAAGUAACAUUCAUAUUAUUUCUGGUCAUUUUGGUCUACAUGAUAAUUGCUUCGGAUUUUUUGGCCUACACAAUGUACUUUUAUAUUUUUCUGAGAAAAUACUUAAGGUACUAUUAAUGUAAGCCAUUUUCUUUGUUUGACCUC